AAAUAUUUUAAAGAGGCUGCAGGAAAUCUCGGGGAAAUGUUUUUGAAAAGAAUAAAUCCAAUUUUACGGCGAUGUCAGCACAAUUUGUGGAGCUUCAGUGCAUCCCGGAAGUGUUGCCUUUUAGUGGAGGAUGAACGUAUUGAUGAUAAAUUCUUCAUGAAUCUCCUGGGAAUAUCCAAACCGGAAGCCAACAAGAUGAUUAAAGGCGGGAGAUUUGCUAAAUUGGAAAUUGAUGAUGUGGAAAAAUCCUUUUACUUCCUGCAAACAUGCGGUCUCGCCGGAGGUACAGUAGGAAUUCAGAAUUAUCCGUCAAUCCUUGCAACGAAAGAUGUGACAUUGAAGAAUAGAUUUAAAGUCAUGGAGGAAUGCCUAUUUCGUCAGAUUACCAUUGCUAUUCUCCAGAAUUACAUUGUGGUGAUGAACAAGCCCAUAAGUUUGCUGAGAUCUCACAAAUAUAUCCCAUCAAUUGAGAAGAUCGUCAAGAAUUUGGUGGAAAUAACAAAUCUCACCAAUGUUGCUGUCCAGGAAGUGAAAAAACUCGAACAGACGGGGAAUCUCAAUGAUCUCCGGAGGUAUAUUAUGGAUGAUUUUCUUCGUAAAGAAAUUGGCGCAACUGAGGAAGAUUUAAAGCGAAUCUGGGCUUCGUAUCUGAGACUCCGGAAUAAGCCAAUUAAAUCCGUGGCGGAAGUCAUUGAAUUAAUCAGGAAAGAGCUGAAUUUCUCAAAUGAGAAAAUUCUCAGUCAUGCCUAUUUACUCUAUGGGGAACCUGAGAAUAUGCAGAAAAUCCUCACGUUGGAAAAAUUGUCCGGGACGGAUGCAAAGGAAGUUCUUUCGUUGCAUCCAAAAAUUCUAAUGAGUAACUACAAAUCAAUUGUGGAGAUUGAUAGAGUUCUCACUGAGAAUGAAAUUCCCGAUAAGACUUUGGUGAGAAAUGGAAAAAUCUACACGCUAAGCCCGCAAACUGUUGCAGAACGCAUUGAGUAUCUCAAGCAAAUUGAUGAAUUCCGCGUACUGCUCAGUCAUCCACGAAUUGGGCGACUUAUAUUCUAUCAGAACAAGGCCAUUCAUCGCCUAAACUACCUCAAAGAGAAUAAAAUAUUCUGUGCCUCCCUCAAUGUUCUCUCCGGAGAUACGGAAUCUUUCCAGAGGUACGUUCAAAAUGGAGUUGAUGCGACGAAAGGGAAGGAAAUGAUUAUAAUGUUGAGUCAAAAAUUGAAACGUAGUGUCAAGGAAGUCCGGGAAUACCUCUCAAGGCAUCCCAAUUGGUGUCACGUUCCACUCGUUUCCAUGUCUGCAGUCUUUGAUCAUCUCACAAACGCCGGGUACACAGAAUCAGACAUUUUUGCCAACAUUCACAUCCUCUUCUACCCACUUUCGGAGAUUAUCAAAAAGAUCGAAGCCAUUGAGCAGGGAUCAUUGGAUUUCGUCAAAGAAAUCAAUUGGCGAUCAUUGUCCAAAACACAAUUUCUCGCCCUUGUCCUCUAUACCAUUGAAAUUGAAUUUAAUUUCUCCGGAGAUGGAAUUUGGGGAGCUACCUACAUCCAAGGUGAUUCUUCAACGACGGAGAAAAGUGAAGAAAUGCAAGAAAAUGUUAAUUAGAAAAAAAAACUUUGGAAUAUCAUUUUUAAAAUAAAAAGUAAUUUGUGG